AUAGCGGAGAGGAAAUGCGUGUGAGAGAGAGAGAGGGAGCAGAGAGCAGAGAGCUCCAACCACUGUGUCCCACCCUAUGUAAGGCAUCCCUCUCCUCCUGGCAAAUGUUCCAACGCCAACAAAUGAAUGCACAAUAUGGGUAGUGGGUUUUUGAACGUGCAUACGAUUCUUGCUUGCUCCAUCCAGCCACCCCUUCCCUUCACCCUCCAACCCAUGGGGGGAUGAAAGAGAAAGACAAGAAGGGGAAGUCUCUGAGGGUAAGCUUUUGCCGCUCCUACUAAGGUACUUGGUGCUUGUUCGUACGUACAAACUACAAACGAGGAGUGUUUGAAGAAGCGGUAGUAAUCCAACACUACAUAAGAAUAAGAAGAGAGCAGUGGAGCAAAUCUAAAUCUGGCGUCAGUUUCGAAGGAGAAAGCCGAAAUUUAUCAAACAUUUCCAGUUUGAUCUUUGUCUUUUCAAGAUGAAGUGGUUGCUCAAGUUUAUGCUGUGCGUUUCAGUCUUUAAGUUGUCAUCGAGUCAGAAAACUCCCCAGAUUAGCUAUGUGACGCCAAGUUUGACAACCGACAUUGGCGGUGAGGCCAAGCUGGAAUGCACUAUUGUGGAUCGACAAGACUAUCCCAUCCUAUGGACGAGAGUAGGGAAAGGUGGGCAGAACUUUCCCAUCGCUACAGGACCAAAACUCCUCUUAAAAGACCAAAGAUUCGACCUGGAACUCAAUGAAAAAAGUGGCCAAUAUAUCCUCUCAAUUCGAGAUGUCCAACCGUCGGAUGCAUCUUCGUAUCUCUGUCAAAUUGUGGCCGGAUACAACAGCAUGGUCACGGCCACAGUGGAGCUGUCCGUGAAAUUGCCGCCCGUAAUCUCGGACAACACCACUCGGAGCUUUCGAGUGACAGCGGGAGAGAAGGUGGAAAUGGAAUGCCAAUCGAAUGGAUUCCCAACCCCAAGAAUUACUUGGACCCGAGAGGAUGGGAGAAUGAUGCCCAACGGCCAGGAGGAGAUCAUUACCCCAAGAAAGCUGAUCAUCAACCAAGUCCGCAGAGAGGACACAGGCAAAUACUUGUGUUGGGCUAAGAACGGCGUUGGACCGGGUGAUGAACACCGAAUGCUAACCUUAGAAGUGGAAUAUCCACCCAUUAUCGAGGUGCCCAGACCCAAAAUACCACAAGCCCUGAACCACGAAACCGAGCUGACUUGCAAAAUUCAGGCCUUCCCUCCGCCUGCCAUUCAUUGGAGGCAAGGUUCGGAGGAAAUUUCCAACUCACCUAUGUACCACGUGUCUCAUUUCGCAUCUCAGAACGACUUGACAACGUCGGUCGUAAAGAUCCUGUCCAUUGACGAAUCACACUACGGAAAUUACACAUGCGAGGCGGUCAAUCGACAUGGAAAGGCCACACAAACAAUUGAGCUGUAUCAAAGCCAAAUCCCCAUUUGCCCUCCCGUUUGUGGAGAUCUAGAUUUGUCCAAUUCGGCUUUAAACCGGCACGGCAAGAGUCUCCUGGUUGUGGUCGUUCUCGCUAAUAUCUUCAAUCAGAUCCUAUAAGUCGCGGUAUUGGACAUUUAUUCUUGGAAAUAAAGAGACGAUAGAUCUCUUGA